AUGAAAGCGCCAUCGAUGAUUGUCUGCGGGUCGCAGGCUGUUGAAAUUUCUCAGGAGCACCUCGCCGCUCUGAGGAAUAGUUUAGUGUCAAACAACAGGUUACAAUACCUUGUUCAAGCCAUCAGAGACCUUCCCAAUCUCUGGGGCCCACUGACCAUGGCCGAUCCCGCACUUCAGUGCAUACCUGGACAUACAUUGUGGAGUCGGUUUGCAAACUGGAUUGACUUCAAGGACUCUCUUCUGUGCGAGAUAAAUACAGAGUCGAAGAUGAACGCUUUGAUCACGCCCCUUCUGGUCAUCAGUCAGAUUGUGGAUUACACUGAGUACCUAGAAGCGCUCAGUCCCCCACAAACCCAUUCGGAAACCCUGGAUACAGUGCAGCAGGGUGGGAUCCAGGGCUUCUGUGCUGGGUUCUUGACGGCCAUAGUACUCUCCUGUGCGAAGAAUGAUCAGCAUAUUGCUGAAUUGGGCGCAGUCGCUUUCAGGCUUGCCGCUUGUGCUGGAGUUUAUGUUGAUUUCGACAACAAUUCCAAUCAGCAUGUGUCCAUCGCUGCACGAUGGGCGGCAGGAACGGAUGAGCAGGACGUACUAGGAGUACUCCACAACUAUCCAACGUCGUAUAUAGCAGUCCGGUCCGACCAAACGGCGGCAACUAUCACAUUGCAAGCGUCUGACUUAUCAGCCAUCUCGCGAUCUCUAGCAGGACUCGGAAUCAAAUCCAAACUGAUACCAUUAAGCGGCCGCUUUCAUCACCCAGUUCACCAGGAUUCCGUUCGGAAGCUUGAACGUCUUUGUGCUUCCAUGGAUAGCCUACGGUUUCCAGAUUCCGUGAGACCCUUGGUACCGCUCCGGAGGAACGUGGAUGGGAAGCGGCUCCAGACAGAGCCUCUACACACUACAGCCCUCUCAACCUUAAUGCUAGAUAUGUCUGACUGGCACCGCACAGUAUCAUAUGCUGUCAAUGACAUGAAAGGAACCGGCCAAAUCUUGACAAUAGGGCUGGGCGACUGUGUCCCAAAAUCAAUAAAGGAUCGCCAGGGUAUCCAGGCCUGCAACUCGAAGCGUGCUAGCACCAACAACACCUACGAAUAUCCCGAGGGUGCCAUCGCUAUUAUCAGUAUGGCCUGUCGCUAUCCCGGGGCCGAUAGUCUGGAAGAGUACUGGAAUAUCAUCGCAUCCGGCAUCUCCAUGGUCGGAGAGAUGCCUCCAGGCCGCUUCCAAACGACACGACUGCGGCGGGAUCCAGAAGGCAAAAUCAAAUUCAAGGGCAACUUUCUACGCAACGCCGAUAUGUUCGACCAUCGCUUUUUCAAGCGCUCGUCUCGAGAGGCGGCUGCGAUGGAUCCCCAGCACCGGAUUGCGCUAGAGGUUGCAUAUGAGACACUCGAGUCUGCCGGCUACUUCAACGAGAAGCGCCCCAAGCAAGAUAUCGGCGUCUACAUGGGCGUUGCUGCAUCCGACUACGAAGAUAAUGUAGCAUCGCAUCUUCCAACGGCGUUCUCGGUACUGGGAAUGGUACGCGCCUUUACUAGUGGGAAGAUUAGCCAUUUCUUCGGCUUUAGUGGCCCCUCCAUGGUCUUUGAUACUGCUUGUUCUUCUUCCAUGGUUGCUAUCCAUACUGCCUGUCGGGCGUUGCAGGCAGACGAGUGCUCGAUGGCGCUGGCGGGAGGUGUGAAUGUGAUUACCAGCCCUAAUCUGCAUCAUAACCUUGGGGCUGCCAAUUUUCUUACACCAACCGGGGCUUCCAAAUCUUUCGAUGAUAGCGCGGAUGGCUAUUGUCGUGGAGAGGGUGCAGGUUUAGUUCUGCUAAAAAAAUUAUCCUCUGCACUUGUUGACAAAGACAGGAUACUAGGCGUCAUUGUCGGAUCCGCUGUUAACCAGAAUGACAAUUCCUACCCCAUAACCGUCCCAGCUUCGUCAUCGCAGACUGCUCUGUACCGUCGUGUCUUACAACUCGCCCAAAUGCCGACCCGGACAGUCUCAUACGUUGAAGCACAUGGAACUGGCACACCAAAGGGUGAUCCUAUUGAAUGCGCCAGCAUUCGAGAAGUCUUCGGUGGACACGGAGACCGAGAGUUACUCUUCGGCUCUGUGAAGGGGAAUAUCGGUCACACUGAGGCUGCGUCUGGUGUGGCUGGUCUCAUCAAAGUGCUUCUCAUGAUCGAGGCUCAAAAGGUCCCGCCUCAGGCGAGUUUCGUGACGUUGAAUCGAAACAUUCCUCCGCUUGGAGCGGAUAAUAUGGCUAUCGCGAAUAAGUUGCGUGAAUGGAAUGCGGGCUUCAGGGCAGCUUGUGUCAAUAAUUAUGGUGCUGCAGGGAGCAAUGCUGCUUUGAUAGUGGCGCAGCCUCCUUCCCGGGCUAGUGACGCCAUAGAACAAUCAGCUUCUGCAUGCCAGUACCCGGUCAUACUCUCUGCAAAUACACUUGAUAGUGUACGGAAAUACGCCCAGGCUCUGCAGAAGUACUUGAAACAGACCCGACUUUCAGGAGACCACUUUCUCGCCAGCAUAGCGUUUCAUCUUUCCCGACGACGUAACCCAUCCUUCCGUCAUGCUGCCAUUUUCUCUGUAUCAUCAGUCUCAGAGCUUCACGCCAAACUAGAACAGUGCGCAACCGCCGAAGUCACGAUCUUACCCUCGAAGCCGGUGGUCCUGGCUUUUGGCGGACAAACUGGAGACAUUAUCCACCUCAGCGAGCAGGCGUACCGACGCUCUUAUUUGUUGCAAAAGUACCUUAACGAGUGCGACAUCUUGAUUCGGGAAAUGGGGCUCCAUAGCCUGUUCCCAGGUAUAUUCCAGAGAGUUCCAGUCCGUGACACUGUGGAUCUCCAUUGCAUGCUCUUUGCGCUGCAAUACGCGUCGGCAUGUGCUUGGAUGGAAUCAGGAUUAACGGUGAAAACAGUUAUAGGGCAUAGUUUUGGUCAGCUUACGGCUAUGUGUGUUGCAGGUGUGAUGAGCCUACCUGAUGCACUGCGAUUAGUAUCGGGUCGAGCAACAAUUAUCAACGAUUCCUGGGGAGAGGAAAAGGGGUCUAUGAUGCUAAUUCAUGGAGAACAUGGUCGGGUUGAGGACCUGCUGUCUCAAGUGAACCAUAACUGGACGUCACCAAGCUCCGCAGUCAGAAUUGCUUGCUAUAACGGGCCGACGAGUUUUGUAGUCGUUGGGUCAGAGGCUCAGAUCAGAGCACUUGAAUCUGUGUCUACCUCCAUGAGAUUGAGAGCCAGGACGAUGAACAUUACCCACGGCUUCCACUCAAGGUUUGUGGAUAGCAUUAUGCCCGACUAUUGUGAACUGACUAAAGGAUUAUCUUACAACCCGCCUGCCAUCCCUGUUGAGACAUGCUCGAAGGGCGAAUCCUGGCCCAUCUUUACGGCUGAGCUUGUGGCGCAACAGUCUCGAGAACCUGUAUAUUUUGCCGAAGCAGUCAAUCGAAUUGCCAACCGUCUGGGACCUUGCACUUGGGUUGAAGCAGGAUCCGCCUCAGGCAUCGCGACCAUGGUGCAGAAAGCUUUGCACGACACAGAUCAGCAUGACUUCCACUCAAUGAGUCUAGCAACCUCUGAGCUUUCAUCACUUGCCGAGAGUACAACAAAUCUGUGGAAAGCCGGGAUAGAUGUGGACUACUGGCUCUUCAACAAACAGCAGCAAUUUGAAUAUCUUGAUCUGCACCUUCCACCAUACCAAUUUGAACGUUCUAGGCACUGGCUCGACUAUAUUGACCGUCCCGGCUGCGAUCACUCGAUUACAGAGCAGCCAGCCCAGUUUCGUACCAAGCCCAGAAUGGUCACACUUAUAAAAAAAACAGAGAAUACAGCCGAAUUCCGCAUUGACCAGGAAUGCGAGCAGUAUCAAGCUUUGGUGCGCGGGCACGCUGUUCUUGGGAGUCCUCUGUGUCCUGCAGCAUUAUAUGUGGAAAUUGUGGCGUCUGCUGCGAGAGCCUUGGUGCCAGAUUUUGCUCCCUCGGACCGAGCGGCUUGUAUUGAGGAACUGCAAAUGUUGGCGUCGUUGGCUAUUGAUUUACGACGCAGCCUAUCCCUCACGUUGUCUCUGACUUCAUGUUACAGCUGGAAGUUCAACCUUUAUGGCAGGUCAUCACGGGGCGAUAUCCGACACGCCAGCGGGCAAAUAACAAUCACAACUCUAACCAGCCAUAGAAUAACAACACGAUUCUCUCGUUAUCGUCGCAUAAUUGACUACAAUCGCUGCGAAGCACUUUUAAGCGACUCUUCCGCCAAUACCAUGCAAGGACCCAUAUUAUAUAGACUCUUCGACAAGGUUGUUAUCUAUGCCGACAUCUUCCGAGGUGUGCAAAAGAUCUCUUGCAAAAACCAAGAAGCAACAGGGCUUGUGGCCAUGCCCGAAAUUGGAGCUCACCUUGUCAAGGACAACGUUUGCAACCCACUUUUGGUUGAUAGCUUCACACAGGUGGCUGGAGUACAUGUCAAUAGCCUUGACGAGUGCGGUCCAGAGGAUGUCUUCUUAUGCACGGCGAUCGAGAACAUUGAAUUCUCAAGAACACUAGGCUCAUGCUCGGGGUCGUGGCUAGUGUAUUCCUCCUUCGAACGAGCUGGACCUCGUGAGCUGAUCAGUGAUAUUUUUGUCUUUGAUUCUGCGAGUAAGGGGCUCAUUAUGACCAUAUUUGGGGUAAGGUUCUCUAAGGUGUCGCUCCCGUCGCUUCGCAGGACGCUUGAACGUGCCAACGCACAGAGAGAGCCUCAAUCCCGAUCAGUGCCUGUGUCAAAAGCCUUGCCCACAGAGCACGUCACUCAAGCUAAAAUUCCCAAACAGCGAGCCACUUCUCAGCAGACUAAUGAAGUCAAAGAAGCAGUUGCUUCGCUACUCCACGAAGUGGCAGACGUACCAUUCGAGGACAUUUCUGACAAUUCCCUCUUAGAAGAUAUUGGCAUUGACUCCUUGAUGACGACCGAGCUGCUAAGCGCAAUUCGAGAGCGAUUCAAUAGUGACAUUACAACCAGCGCAUUUCAACAAGUCGUGACCGUUAAGGAUCUCUACCGAAUUCUCUCAACAGCCCCUGGUAGCGGCAGCGGUGCUCUGACCCCAUUGUCUAUGUCUGAGUCUGAUGGUAGUCUCCUCGACAAAGCAAGCACAAGCACUCCACGUUCCGAGGCUUCUUUUGCACUUGUUGAGAUGCCACAUGUCGAUGAAGGAGCAGCCAAAUUGUCACGGAUCAUUGCAGAGCAUCUCGACACGUCGGAUAGAUUUCACCCUGACACACUUCUUCGAGACUUAGGGUUGGACUCGUUGGUAGGAAUCGAACUCGCGGCUGAUAUCUGGAAAAUGUUUGGCAAGAAGAUUGAUCUGGCUGCACUAGAGCCAGACACCACCUUCGAGGAGCUUUGCAGGAUGGUGAGUCCAACACCAGUCGUCGAAAUCAAUAAGGCAGACAAGAACGCCCGAGUGCAGCCCAAAUCUACUGCAGAUUGCAGCCCAACAGGGCAGAAUGGUCUUUCUAAUAGUGCUGAGGUGUUCGCGCGGAUGCGGAAUGAUUAUGCCCCAUUCGCCGAACAAACAGGUUUCCUAAACUUCCGAAGGAAAGUCUUCCACCAGCAGAGUGAGUUGGUAUGCGCAUAUGUGACCGAAGCUUUCGCAAAACUGGGAUGCGACCUCCGCAACAUCGCCCCGGGCGCUGUUCUUCCGUCCGUGUCCUAUAUUCCGAGGCAUGCCAAAGUCAUGAGGCAGUACUACCACGUCCUUGAAGACGCUGGUCUAGUCAUCAUAAAUGACAAUGGGGAUUUUAUCCGUACCGGCAAUCCCGUCAGUCCCGCAAAAACAGAAGAUUUAUACCAGGAAAUUAGCAAGAACUUUCCCCAGCAUCUCUGUGAACAUCGGCUUCUACACUCGACCGGAUCGCGUCUUGCCGCUUGUUUGACAGGGGAUGCAGACCCGUUGCAGAUUCUCUUUGGCACCAAAGCUGGGAAGGAUGCAAUGGAAGACGUUUACACCAACUCGCCCAUGUUUGCGACGGGGACAAGAAUUUUAGGGGAGUUUUUCAUUCAAGCCUUCAAGGAAUACAGAGGUAGAGAAGAGCUGCAUAUCCUAGAACUGGGAGCAGGCACCGGAGGGACAGCCAAAUAUAUUGUGGAGAUUCUUCUCGAGCACAAUAUCCCGUUCAAGUACACAUUUACGGACUUGUCACCUUCCCUUGUGGCAUUGGCUAAGCGCAAGUUCAGUCCCUAUGGCGACUGCAUGGAGUUCGCCGUCCUCGACGUCGAGAAGAAUCCUCCUGAGCAUAUGCAACGUUCAUACCAUGCAGUCCUCGCAUCGAAUUGUGUCCAUGCAACCAAGGAUCUGGUUCGUUCUAGUGUGAAUGCCCACAAACUGCUGCGCGACGGUGGUGUUUUCUGCCUGCUGGAACUGACGCGCAACCUCUACUGGUUGGACUGCGUAUUUGGGCUACUGGAAGGAUGGUGGGUGUUUGAAGAUGGACGGCAGCAUGUGCUUGCUGAUGAAUACCUAUGGGAACGGACGCUUCGUCAAGCUGGUUUUCGGCAUAUCGACUGGAGUGAUGAUGACACGGAGGAGUCGGACCAAUUCCGCCUCAUUACGGGGUUCAUGUCUGAUAUCAAAUCAGCUAAACCUGCUACAGCAGAGGGACUGGUCAUGACAGAGACAGUGCCGUUUGCUACGAUUGGCGACAUUCCCCUCUUAGCUGAUAUCUACUACCCAUUGCACAAAGUACUCGCUGAAUCUUCGCAGCCUAUUGCACUCAUGGUUCAUGGCGGCGGCCACAUCAUGCUCUCCCGUAAAGACAUCCGACCGUCCCAAACAAAGUUGCUUUUAGAUUACGGCUUCCUUCCAGUCAGCAUUGACUAUCGCCUCUGUCCGGAAGUAAACCUAACAGAUGGACCCAUCGCGGACGUCUGCACGGCGCUUGACUGGGCCCGAAGCACGCUCCCUGCCCUGGAGCUUCAGCGUCCGGAUAUACAUCCAGAUGGUGGUAAGGUUGUUGUUAUCGGCUGGUCAACGGGCGGCACACUCGCAAUGUCAUUGCCGUUCAGUGCGCCGCAGCUUGGGAUUCGACCACCGGAUGCUAUUCUUGCGUUCUAUUGUCCAACAGACUAUGAAGACAAAUUCUGGCGCCAACCCAAUUACCCCGAAGGAACUUCGCCAGACCUCAUAACGAAGACCUAUGAUAUACUGGAGGGUGUCCAAGAUCACCCAAUUACGGCUUACAAUAUCCCUGCCCAAAAACGUGUCGACGGUCCGGCUGGUGGCUGGAUGUCCCUGUCAGACGCGCGGUCACGCAUAGCACUGCACAUGAAUUGGAGGGGCCAGGCGCUACCAGUCCUGCUCAACGGUCUUCCAUCGAAGAACAAACUUUCCUCCGAGAAUAUGGAAUAUGAUGCGCAGGAUUGGCUUUCGCUCCCCCAACCAGACCUUGAGCGGGUGCGCGCUGUUAGCCCGUACGCUCAGAUCAAAUCCGGGAACUACAGUGUUCCGACCUUUCUCAUCCAUGGAGCGAAAGACGAUUUGGUUCCAUGGAAGCAAGCCCAAAAAGCGGCGGAUGCGUUGGCCGCGCAAGGGGUCCCGAAUGGGAUUGAGAUCAUUGAAAGCGCGGUGCAUUUGUUCGAUUUAUUUCGAGAUCCAGAAGGGAAGUACAAAGGGGCAAUUAUGAGGGGCCUGCAAUUUCUUGUUGAGCACGUACAGUGA